UUUCUUCUAGGAUCCCCCUAUUACGACAACGUGCGUCCCCUCUGCUACAGCGACUCCGAUGCUGUUCUGCUCUGCUUUGACAUCAGCCGCCCUGAAACCUUGGACAGUGCUUCCAAAAAGUGGAAGACGGAAAUCCUGGAUUACUGCCCCAACACACGGGUGCUGCUCAUCGGCUGCAAGACGGACCUACGGACAGACCUGAGCACUCUGAUGGAGCUCUCCCACCAAAAGCAAGCGCCCAUCUCCUAUGAGCAGGGUUGUGCAGCAGCCCGACAGCUGGGAGCUGAGAGCUACCUGGAAUGCUCAGCCUUCACAUCAGAGAAGAGUGUGCACAGCAUCUUCCGCACCGUGUCCAGCAUCUGUCUGAGCAGAGCCCCCCCCCAGCCCCCCCAAAGUCCCCCUCGUGGUCUCUCCAAGCGCCUCCUGCAUCUGCCCACCCGCUCUGAGCUCAUCUCC